AUGCAGAGGAAUGUUAGUUUAAAAAGUGAAACACAUACGAUAGGAUCUGAAAAUGAAUGGGUUUCGAUUCAGAACCGAACUUUUACCAACUGGGUUAAUGAACAGUUGUCAUCGUGUGGGCGGGAAAUCUCCAAUCUGCAAACGGACUUAUGUGAUGGAGUCAACCUUGUUGCUUUGGUGGAGUCGUUGCAGGUUAGAAAGAUCGGGAAAGUUUAUUCGAAAUCCAAAAGCAGAAUUCAAAUGAUCCAAAAUGUGAAUUUGGCCUUUAAGGCCAUUGCCGAGGAUAAAUAUCAAAUUAGUCAAUAUAGGUAA